AUGGAACUACACGUCGCGAAACUUGUAUGUAUAUUAACAAUAAUCCGAACGGUGUUGACGACAUGUGGUCCUGGUCAAACAAUGCAAAACGAAGGUGUAGAACUAUGCUGUUAUUACGAUACAAAACAUAUACCCACAAUUGGCUAUGGUUUUAAUUUGCAACGAUCAGAUGCAGCGUCGGUCUUGGAACGCUAUGGUUUAACUCUUUCAGAAGUUCUGAAUGACUGUGUACACAACACUAGACAUAAUUGCUUGCUGCAAAAUCAGGCUGCAGAAAUAUUUAAUAGUGGAUCAUAUGUGGAAGCUACAGCAUGUGUUGAAGAAUAUGUUUCAGGAUUACCACCGAUAGUCAAAGCAGGACUCAUCGAUGUUGCAUUUGCAGGUUGUGCCACAUUGAACCAAUUCACGAAGAUGAAAACCGCACUUGAAAUGAAAGCUUGGACGACAGCUGCCAAUGAACUAAGAAACUCUGCAUGGUGUACGCAAGUGAAACAAACACGUUGCAAUUUAGAUUAUCAAUGUAUUGCGUCGAGCGGCAGUACACAAACAGCGUCAAGCCGAAUUCCGCCACCAUCUAUCAUCACGUCCAGUGCAGUGCAAACCAUGACUCCUCCAGUGCAACCCACCGAGUCUCCAGUACAACCCACCGAGUCUCCAUUGCUACCCACCGAGUCACCAGUGCAACCCACCGAGCCUCCAGUACAACCGACCGAGUCACCAUUGCUACCCACCGAACCUCCAGUACAACCCACGGAGUCUCCAGUGCAACCCACCGAGCCUCCAGUGCAACCCACCGAGCCUCCAGUACAACCGACCGAGCCUCCAGUACAACCGACCGAGCCUCCAGUGCAACCCACCGAGCCUCCAGUGGGAUCCACCGAUCCAUCUGAAGAGCCGUCAUAUCCUGAUCCACCCUCAUAUCCGGACUAUGGAGGCGAUCGAAGAAAAAGGCGUUUUGCCCUUCGUCAGAAACGAGGUUUACGUCACGCUCUAAGAAAGAAAAGAUAUGCUCCGAAGAAAAGUUUUUAA